AAUACAAUUUUCCAAGUUGGUCGUGCUGCUGUCUUGUUUUUUGUUAAAAUUUUGAAAUUUCCAUUAAAAAAUAAAUUUUGGCCUUUAUCAUCAUUUCGAGGAGGGAGGUGAAGGUAGUUCACUUCUGAAUAGGUUAUUGUUUCAAAAAUGGUGAGCUACAAACCCUUCAUUUGUUCGGAUUUGUUGCGGUUUAAUGAAGUGAAUGUGGAUGCGUUCACGGAAACGUAUGGAAUUUCAUUUUAUAUGAGCUAUAUGGCGAAAUGGCCAGAGUAUUUUUUGAAAGCGGAGGACAUGGACGGGAAAAUUGUGGGAUAUAUUAUGGGGAAAGCAGAGGGCACUGGAGAGAACUGGCAUGGUCACGUGACCGCGGUGAGUGUCUGCCCGGCGUAUCGACAUGGAGGAGUCGCUGCUAAAUUGAUGAAGUAUUUGGAAGAAGUUUCCGAACAGAAGGAAUGCUAUUUCGUGGAUCUCUUUGUUCGCAAGUCCAACACAGCUGCGAUUAAUUUUUACAAAAGCCUAGGGUAUAUAGUUUAUCGAACGGUGUUAGAUUAUUACUCUGGAGAACCAGAUGAGGAUGCAUAUGAUAUGCGAAAAGCUCUAUCUCGUGAUGUGGAGAAGACAUCUGUUAUACCGUUAAAGCAACCUGUCCGACCGGAGGACAUCGAAUAGCCUUUAGAUUUUUUAAAUUACAUUGCAUCAAGUCAUUUGUAUAACUGAAUUUGUAAUACAAUUUUAUCAUUUUAACAUGUGGAUGCAUA